AUGGGUGUUGAUACUACUGUGAUCAUGUUCAAUUUACGUCUGUUGGAAGAGGCAGUUCGGAAACGAUUGGACAAUAAAGUCGAGGAAAAGGUUGAGAAGGAUGAUGAGUAUGAGGUUGCGGAUGAUGAUGAGGUUGAUGAUGAUGAGGAUGAUGAGUGGAAUUUGCGGUCGGAAAAUGAUUGGAAACAAUUUUUGUACCAUCAACAGCCUCAAAUAUAUAUUGAUACUUUUAGAUAUAGAGCUACACAUAUGUAUAGUGAGUUGGCUGAAAAAUUGAAAUUGGAGAACUGUUGGUCCGAUGAAACACAAUUCGAAGAGUUAUUGGCCUCAGAGCUUUUGUUUGAACAAGAUUUAGCUGAGGAAUAUGAGGCAAAGAAUGGCACUAAAUCCGAAGAACAAGUAGCAAUUGAAAAUAUGAGAUAUCCUAAUUUAUUGACUAUAUGUCAGUUUUACAAUGACAAGACUGAUUAUGGUAUGGGCUUUGUUCAUCCCUCACGUGUCGCAAAACUUAGUGAACGAUUGGGUCAUUGUAGUCAAAUUCGAGGCAUUCCAUCAAAUAUUUUGCAAGAAGCCUUCAUGAAAGAUUACAAAGACAAUUAUUUGAAUAACCCAAAGAAACGAAAAACUGAAAAUUCUGUAGAACAGAACAAGACAUUGGAAGAAUGGGUUUUUUAUGAAUACGAUCAUAUUUCAUUUUUUUGUGAUAUUGUAUUAAGGUACAAUAAUCCGGCAUCGUUUUGCUCGCUUCUUCCAAAGACACCCAUUGACUACUCGCAACCUACAGUCAAACUAUUUGAAAACCUUGAUGUUAAAUUUUCAGAUUUGGCAGAUGAAUACUGGGUCAAUAUUAUGGAGUUUAUAGAAGAUCCUUUCACUUUGAUACGAUUCGCUAAGGGAAAUACAGUCCUGUAUCGUCUAUUUACAGAAAGAAAGGAUGCCUUGUUCCGUAACUUCCAGCAUCUUAAGGCAGAUAUUGGUCUUUUCUGUUACUUGUCUUGA